AUGUUCUUCAACGAGAGCGUCAUAGCCGGUCCGAUGGCUUUUGUCGGCGUAGUCGGUGAAGUCGGCCAAGUUCAACAUAUGCAGGAGCGUCUCCUUGGAUGGAACGUCCCGCCCGAACACUCCGAUCUGGUCCAUCCCCAUUGGCGGGGAUUCCUCGCUCCGGGAAAGUAUUGGCACAUCGGUUUAGCCCUCAUCUACUUUAUGCUGAUGGUCUUGUCCAGCGUAGGGAACGGGUGCGUCAUCUGGAUAUUCACCACGUCAAAGUCACUAAGGACACCCUCCAAUAUGUUCGUAAUAAACCUGGCAAUUUUCGACCUGGUCAUGAUGGCGGAGAUGCCGCUGUUCAUUAUAAGCAGCUUCCUGGAACGUAUGAUCGGCUGGGAAAUGGGAUGUGACAUUUACGCUGCGCUGGGAAGCGUCUCCGGAAUUGGCUCGGCCAUCAAUAACGCCGCCAUUGCUUACGAUCGCUACAGGACUAUCUCCUGUCCGAUCGAUGGCAGGCUAAAUGGAAAGCAGGCUGCUGUCAUCGUGGCUUUCACUUGGUUCUGGUCCAUGCCAUUCACUAUCCUCCCCAUCACCCGAAUCUGGGGACGAUACGUCACAGAGGGUUUCCUCACGACCUGCAGCUUCGACUUCUUAACCGAGGAUCAAGACACGAAGGUCUUCGUGGGCGCCAUCUUCACGUGGGCCUAUGCCAUUCCCAUGUGCCUCAUCAUCUACUUUUACUCCCAGCUCCUGAAGUCGGUCCGCAGGCACGAGAAGAUGCUGCGCGAUCAGGCCAAGAAGAUGAACGUCAAGUCUUUGGUUUCGAAUCAGGACAAGGAGAGAAGCGUGGAAAUGAAAAUUGCCAAAGUCGCCUUCACGAUUUUCUUCCUGUUCGUCUGCUCCUGGACUCCCUACGCGGUGGUGGCGAUGACUGGUGCCUUUGGAAAUCGGGAAUCCUUGACGCCGUUCUCCACGAUGAUCCCAGCACUCUUCGCCAAGACGGUGUCCUGCAUCGAUCCCUGGAUCUAUGCUAUAAAUCAUCCGAGAUAUCGCCAGGAACUGCAGAAGCGUUGCCAGUGGAUGGGAAUCCACGAGCCGGCACCAGCGGUUGACACGACAUCCGCGAUCACCGAGAAUCUCAAGACAGACGAAGCCUGAACUGAAAUUCUGUCGUCGCUGAUCAUCAGAUUGGAAGUUUUCAUUGAUGCGUCAACUUUUGGGGAUGAUUGCUCUCGCACUGCAACCACCACUCGGUACGGGAUUAAUCGUUCCUGCUAAUUCUAAAAACGGAUAUAAUCUCCUCCUCGGCAAAUCUAAUAAGGACUAACCGGAAAUUGAUUUACGGAAUAUGGAUUUUUGAUCGCAUGACAUUAAUCCACGCUGCAAACGACUGGUCCCCUUGUAUAAAUUUAAUUAAAGGCAAAUUUUAAAGCAA